UCUUACAGUAUAAUUGUAGUCAUCAUUUGAAUUAUUCAGUGGACAGAUAAACAUGAGUAGUGUUGCACACUACUUAUUCUAUAUGAAAAUUCUUAUAUUUUUAAGUAUCUUCAAAUGUUAUUUUGUCAAUAGUACAAUUUAUUCUUAUCCUUUGCAAACAUUUGGAAGAAUUGGAUUAUCUGGUGCUUCAAAACAAUCCUUUUUAGGAUCAUGGAAUUCAAAAUAUGCUGAAAAACAUGAUGAUGAUUAUUUAAAAGGAAAUUAUAUGAAUAAUGAUUUAUUGUUUAAUGAUCAUAAGUCAUCAUCAUCAUCAUCGCUGUCACCAACGUCACCAUCAUCAUCGUCAUCCUCUUUGUUGCCUUUUAUGCCGUCAUCGGACUUAUCAUCGUCAGCACCACCACUAACCUCGUCAUCAUUACUCUUCGAUGACAACACUUUAGGUAGCCAUGAUUCAUAUUCACCAAUUAUGGAUACACUGGAUCCAACAAAUUAUUAUGCAGAUUGGCAUCGUUUAUUAAAUGGUUACGGUAGUCAAAGAUGUUAUCCAAUUCCUAAAAAUAUGUCAUUAUGUCAAAAUAUCGGUUAUGAUGUCAUGGUAUUGCCGAAUUAUUUGCAGCAUGAAGAUCUAAAAGAAGCUGUAGAACAAUCACAAGUAUGGAUGAGUUUAGCUCAGACGGAAUGUCAUCCAGAUUUAAGAAAAUUCUUAUGUGCUUUAUAUGCACCAGUUUGUGUAGAAGGUCAUCAAGAACGUUUGAUACAUCCAUGUCAAAAUUUAUGUGAAGAUGUGAGACGAAACUGUUUGCCUAAAAUGCUACAAUUUGGAUUCGGUUGGCCAGAUAUUGUAAAGUGUUCAAGAUUUCCAAAUAGUGCAACACGAAUGUGUGUACCUUUAUCACAACAGAGAAGGCUUCGUUGUUCUGGUUGUGUUGAAGAACCAACUUUUGAAAGUGCUAUUAGUAGUUUUUGUAUGGCUGAUGUUGUGUUACGAGCACAAAUUUUGUAUAUCAAUAGACAGAAUACAAGCAACAGUAAAUCUAUUCAGCUAUUUUUGGAUAGACAAGCACGAACUCUUAAACUCCCACGUGAACGCAUCAACUAUGGUCACCUGAAAAUUAUAGUUGAUUGUGAAUGCAAUCUGCUAAGCGAAGCUUUUCAUUCAUUACAGAACAGGCUAACAAAGUGGUUGAUAAUGGGUAAAAUAUCAUCCAAUCGAGGUAUUCUGCAUGUUGAAUAUUUGUCACGGAUCAGUCGUUCGAAUUUAGGACUUAAGCGUGCUCUGAAAGCUAUGAGACGCCCAGCUUCUCAAUUAUGCAAACUACCAAUAACAGAGAAAUUAGCGCCAACUGGUGUGAAACAUAAUAUACCAAAUCCACUUCGUCAUGUUAAAUCAACACCUACUAGACGAUCUCGUUUGAUGAUGAAACAAAACCAACCAACUCAUUUAAACAAUCACUUCUAUUCAUCAUCACCUACAUCGGUAAACAAAACUCACGUACGUUCAACAGCUCGCAUAUUUCCACCUUCUAAGCUAUCGAACAGUAAUUCACGCGAAAAACAUUCAGGUCGUCGUAUGUUAGUACGUCGAAGUCAAGGUGCAUCAAAUAAACAUUCAGAAAGCAAGUACUCAAAGGGUACUAGUCAUAACAACAAUUUGUAUCCAGUUAGAUCAGUUGUACUUGAAUAUUCUAAAGAUUCUAUGCAUUUUAGACCACUUAUGCAGAUAUCUAAAGCAGAAGAAAAGUUACCACUUGAAAGUGAAAAUGAUUUAUUUUCACCACAAACAGUAUCACCAUGGUUACUAUGA